AUGUUCUCGGGUUCUGAGGGACGGAAGUCUGUCGACAGCCUGUCGUCGCUGUCGAGCAUAACCCACAAAGCAGACUUCCCUUUCCACAGGUACUUUGCGCCUCCGGCCAUCCUGUGGUCAUCCCCGGACCUCAUGCCACCCAUCGUUCGGACCGGCCUUCAGCCGCACACAUCCGCCCCGGCGCAUAGCACUCACAAGCCUCCGACAGCCAGAGACAUACCCCCUGUGACUCUCACGAACAUUGCCCACGUCGAGUCAUCCGAGUUUGCCGAGUACCUCACCCAGGUGGGUGCACUGCACGAGCAACUACGAAGAGUAAAAGAGAGCGAAGAAGAGCAGGCAAGUUCUGGUGGAACACCUCGGAGGAACAACAGCAAAGAUGACCUUCGCGACACAUUGAGUGAUGGGUAUCUGCGUCCGGGCGGAAAGCGGCCGUCUAGAAGACUCUCUGUUUCUUCCAUAUCGUCCGUCACGUUGGCCGAAGCGCCCAGUCCUUCUAAAAGAAACCCGAGCAACAGCAGAAGGGGUGUCCAAGGCCCACCACCCUUGUCGACCAUUCCCAAUGUCUACUUCGACGACGACUUCCACCUGGAGAAUCCCCGGACAUUUGACAUCGUUAGCGAACGGUCUGAGGUUGUGCCGUCUGCUCCGACGACAGGCAACGAGAGAAGUGGUCUGAAUGGCAAUAGCACAUCGAUUGUGGCACCCGUACCUCGAAAGGCUCUGGCCACGAACGCAAUAUUGCAGGAGAAGCUAUCAUGGUACAUGGACACGGUCGAAUUGCACCUGAUCUCAUCCAUCUCCACGGCAUCGACUGCCUUCUUUACGGCCCUCGGCGCUCUCAAAGAACUGCACACCGAGGCUGCAGGCUCUGUGGAUAGGAUACAGGCGCUGCGGAAGGAGCUUGGUGCUCUGGACCAUGACAUUGCGACCCGCGGCCUGGAAAUCGUCCAGCAACAGCACCGGCGCCAGAACAUACAACAGUUCCACGCGGCUGUGAUGCAGCUAAAAGACAUCGUAGAUGACGUGGCAGCAUGCGAAGCACUUGUUGACGAUAAUGAGGUGGACAAAGCACUAGACAGUAUCGAUGCCUUGGAGAUGCUCAUUGCUGGUGAGCAGGACCCAAAGAAGCAGCAACAACGGCCGUAUCCGCUUCGAGACCUGCGGGGUGCGACAGCCUUGCAGGGCGUCAAUGACGACAUCACAGCUCUGCGACUCCGGAUUGGCAAGGCAUACGAGAUCAAGUUUGUGUCCGUCCUGCUCAAAGAUCUUCGGAACCACACAGAGACAGUGCCGCGCCCAGAAGUGCUUAUGCGGUGGAGCACGACCGAUGAUCUCCGGGCAGAGCUCCUCCCCAUCCUCGCGGGCCUUUACAGGGCCAAACAUAUUGCCGCUGCUUCGCUUGUGUUCCGAGAGACGGUUUUACGGGAGAUUAAGAAUCUGGUCCGGAGGCCACUGCCGAGCUCAAGCGACGACGACAACGAGUCGAUGAUGUCGUCUUCAACGCUAAGCAGCAGCAGGCGCUUAUCUCACGCGGAGAAAUCGUCUAUUCUUGCUCGCAACCUUCGGGCACUUGGUCCCGAAGAUGCCGAAGAGCUGCUGAUGAGGAUAUACAUCGGCGUAGCAGAGACACUGAGACGACUGACUACGCAGUUGAAAGUGCUGCUUGACGUCGCCAGCUCUGUUGGCGAUGACAUCCUGGAUCCCGACGCACCGCUCAAGUCGCCGCCAUUCAGCCCUUCAGGCCGCCAGAUGCCGCCGCCCAUGUCGGACGCUGGCAUGGAGGCUCAGGCAGAACUCCACCGGACUCUGGACAUGGGCAAUCUGCUCGGCCAGUCCAUCGACGCGGCACAGGACAAGGUGAUCCGGGUUCUACGUGUCCGUGCAGAGCAGAGCUCGCACCUGUCGUUCCAAUGGUUCCUCCGCUACUUCGCGCUCAACCUGCACUUUGCCAACGAGUGCGAGGGCAUCUCUGGACGUAGCGGUCUUGCACUCAAGACUGAAGUGAACGGGCACGUCAAGGACUUUGUGCAGUACCACGGCGACUCACAGAUGCAGAAGCUGGCGCAGGGAAUGGACCAGGACCAGUGGGCAGCACGAGACUUUUCGGAGAAAGACACGAAGCUGCUGCAACAGAUCCUGGAUGCCAGCACCAAGGAUGUCGAGGAGUGGACAGAAGACGUCAUGAUCUGGACGCCGUACCCGACCGACGACGAGAACGACGGGGAGACGAGGCGGCCCUUGUCACUGGUGCAAUACCUACAGCUGUUCAACUCGCGUUGCACGCAGCUGAUCUUGGGCGCCGGAGCCACACGGUCCGCGGGUCUGAAGAACAUCACCACACGACACCUGGCGGUUGCAUCGCAGUCGCUGGCCUUCAUUGCCACGGUCAUACCCUACGUCCGAGAGUUUGUGCGGCGCCGUGCCGGCUCGAGCAGCAGCAGCAACGGCAGUACUGCACAAAACGUCAUGGGUGAGUUUGACAAGGUGCGGCGGCUCUACCAGGAGCACCAGAACAGCAUAUACGACAAGCUGGUGGAGAUCAUGGGGGGACGCGCGCAGGCGCAUGCCAGGACCAUGCGUAGCAUUGACUGGGACGCAUCUGCCCCCAAUAGCACAACGGUGCAUGCAUAUAUGGAUACGCUUGUCAAGGAGACCACCACUCUGCACCGCAACCUGGCCAAGACGCUUCCUGAGGGAACGGUACGAUUCAUCAUGACGUCUGUGUUUGCCGAGUAUAAGGAGCAGCUGGGUGGUGUGCUCCGGGGAUCAGAUGUCAAGACGGCAGCAGGCCGCGACAGCAUGCUACAUGAUGUAGAAAGCUUACAGACGCGCCUGGGCAAGCUUGACGGGUUUGGCGAUGUCGGCAGCUUCCUCAAAGAGAUCAUUGAAAGCAAGAAGAUCAAGGUUCCCAGUCCACCUCCAAAGCUACCAGCGAAGGAGCCAGAGCCAAAGCCAGUCGCAGCGAGCGAGGUGAAAGAGGGGAAGAAAGAGGAGCCCGGGGAACCCAGAGAUCCCAAGGAGCUCGAAGAGGAGAAGAAAGAAGACGGAUCCCAAGCGAAGGCGUCUUCGACGCGGGACGGAUAUCUUCAGCCUCCGUCAGCUCCGCCGAAAGACGUUAAGACGGCCGUUGGCAUGGUUGCCACGAGCGAUGCGGCCAAGGCAGCGGAAGAGCCAUCCGCAGACAGCACAAAUGGUGAAACCAACAAUAAUAAUAACGGUGAUGAGGUCCGUCAAACAAGCGAAAGCAUGUCAGAGGAACAGAGGAAGAGCGAGGACAAAUAG